AUGUCGGACGCGAGCGGCGCUUCUUCAGCGUUUUCUUCAAUUAUGACCUCGUCCUCCGCUAUCCCCGGUUCCCUAUCAGCUUCUUCAUCUUCACCUUCACCUUCGUCAUCUUCAUCUUUGUCUUCGUCCCACCCGUCGGCCAUCUUUCCGUUGGGGUGGCCCUCCCUCAACACCGGCGGUCUCGGCGGCGUGCCCCUCCUCCAGACCACCCAGCUCCCCGCUUCGGCUGCGGCUGCGGCUACAGGCGCGCCCCUCGCCGCCUGGGGGUCGACCCCACCAACGCAACCCGCCGGCCAGGUCCUGGCCCAGCCGCAGGGCCUCGGCGGCCAGCGCAGCGGAGGACUACCGUACCCGUACCCGUACCACCAGCAGCAGCGGGUGCUGCAGGUGGUGGCGCGGCUGCCGGGCCUCGGGUCGGUGUCGGUGUGCGUCGAGGCCGGGAGCAAGGUGCAGGACCUGAUCAUGUGCAUCGAGACGCAGGUGUGGGGCGCGUGCGGCGUGCCGGUCGAGGUGCGCAAGCUGAGCGACUCGCUCGGCAUCGACCUGCCGCCCUCGUACGAGGUGGGCAAGCUCCUCGACUCCAGCGACGACAGCGACCGCGACGCCGACCAACACUACGUCGUCCACGCCCACUUCCGGCGCCUCGACACCCACCCGCUGCCCUCGCCCAUCUUCUCUUCUUCCUCUUCUUCCUCUUCAUCAGCGGCCUCUGCCACUUGUUCUUCUUCUCCUCGCACCCGCGGCGCGGCCAGCUCGGCUCCGAUCUCUAUUCCCAACAAUGUCACCGCCUCUUCUUCGUCGUCGUCGUCGUUGUCGUCUUCGUCGGCGACGUCCUGUUCGCCGACGUCGACGUCGCCUCGCCAGCGCGUGGCGCAGCUGGCCUUCGUGGAAUCGCCGCCCACCAAGAUCCUCCAGAACAAGGAGUUCUGUUUCACCGUCGCCUUCACCCUCCCCUCAGACACGCCAGAGGAGGCGGAGCAGGCGUGGCGAGGCCCGGACGCGGGGAAGUUGCUGAAGGUGGCCGUGGCGUGCGAGGCCGGCGAAGCGGUGCCGGAGCAGAACUUCACGGUGCGGACGAUGGUGAUGAUGGAGGGCAACAGCAAGGACAUGAUCGGCGUGUUCGGGCGGCUGCGGGUCAACUCCUACUACGGGCGCAAGCGGUACCUGAUCCGCGUGUUCUGCGCCGACGCCGUCGGCUGGCGGAGCAACACGCUCACCUCCGACCCCGUCACCGUCCUCUCCAAGAAGUGCAAGCACCGCACCAAGCGCGCCAAGGACGCCACCGACGAGGGCGACGCCGAGGACGCCGACGACGACCAACCCUCCGCCGCCACCUAA